AUGAUCGCAACAUCGUCUUCGAGAACCCUCGUCUUGGCAGCGAGUCGAACUGCUUCGAGCGGCGGCAACUCUGCUUGUUGUCUAGCUGCACCCGUUGGUGUCUUCGCCGCUAGCCACAGCGCCUCCACUCAAUCGUCAUCUGCAUCCUCGAAGCGGAGCCUCUCGAGUAGUCGCAGAGUCAAGUUAGCUAGCUCUUCGCGGCUACAAAAAGCAGCGGAAGGCCCUUCAAGACGAACAGCCCCGCCAGCAACAACGCAGCUUUCACCAUUACAAUCUCCACGCACCUUCCUGCUCGAAGAGCUAGCGAAACGAGACCAUCCUUCAUACCUCGCGCAUCAUUUCUACCCAAAGCAUCUGCAGACACACUUUGCGGCCAUCCGAACAUUCAAUGUCGAAAUCGCUGGUCUGAAGGACACCGUCUCGAACGAGCUUCUGGGUCGAAUGAGAAUGGGUUGGUGGAGGGACGCAGUCCAGGGUGCAUACCAGAACCGACCGGCCAAACAUCCCGUCGUCCUAGCUCUGCGCGAUGCCUUUCAAGAUCCGGCCGUCAAGUCCAACGCUGCUGGUGGGCUGAUGCUCGACCACUUUCUUCGCAUCAUCGACAUCCGUGAAGCAGAUCUAGCAGACGAUUUCGCUGCACCGACCCUUGAGCAACUAGAGUCCUACUCAGAGUCCACUUCUUCACGGCUGCACUACCUUUCGCUCAACCUUCUUGGUGUACGCAGCGAUGCAAUGGACGAGCUUUUCUCUCAUCUCGGCAAAGUAUCCGGUCUCAGCCUCGCAAUCUCCUCCAUCCCAUACCACUCGCACCCAGCACCACACAUGCGUAACUCCAUCACCAAAGGCGCACGUAAGCUCGUCCUUCCCAGGGAAUUCGUCCACAAACACAAUGUCGUAGAGGAAGACGCCUUUCGCAACGGCCCACAAGCACACGGCUUUCGUGAUGCUGUUUUUGCACUAGCUACACGGGCGAACGACUACCUCAUCACAGCGAGAAAGAUGAUCAAGGACGACCUCGGAGGCAAGGUUCCGCAAGCCGUCGUACCGCCAUUGGUGGGCAUCGUUCCAGCAAGGUCCUACCUCGAAAGGCUGGAGAAAGCAGACUUCAACCCAUACGACGCAUCAUUACAGACGGGCAAACAUUGGAAGCUGCCAUGGGACAUGUGGCGGGCGAGUCGCAAGCGUACAAUCUGA